AUGCGGACGCCGGUGGUAAUGACGCUCGGCAUGGUGCUGGCGCCCUGCGGGCUGCUGCUCAACCUGACGAGCACGCUGGCGCCUGGCUGGCGGCUGCUGAAGGGCUUCCUGGACCAGCCGGUGGACGUGGUGCUGUACCAGGGUCUGUGGGACAUGUGUCGCGAGCAGAGCAGCCGCGAGCGCGAGUGCGGCCAACCGGACGAGUGGGGCUACUUCGCGGCCCAGCCCGUGCUCGUGGCGCGGGGCCUCAUGGUCACGUCGCUGGCCACCACGGCCCUGGGGCUGCUGCUGGCGACGCUGGGCGUGCGCUGCUGGCGGGACGAGCCCCACUGCGUGCUGGCCGGCUUCUCGGGCGUCGUGCUCUUCGCCGCCGGCCUCUUCAGCCUCAUCCCGGUGUCCUGGUACAACCACUUCUUGCAGGACCGCACCGUCCUGCCCGCCCCUGCCAGCCCGGUCACGGUGCACGUCAGCUACAGCCUGGUGCUGGGCUACCUGGGCAGCUGCCUGCUGCUGCUGGGCGGCUUCUCCCUGGCGCUCAGCUUGGCGCCCUGGUGCGAGGAGCACUGUCGGCGUCGCCGCAAGGCGCCCCCGGCCGGCCCGCGCCGCAGCAGCAUCAGCACCGUCCACGUGGACUGGCCGGAGCCCGCGCUCACGCCCGCCAUCAAGUACUACAGCGGGGGCCAGCACCGGCCGCCGCCCGCGCAGCAAGGAACCGGGGUCAAGGCCAAAGUGGGCUUCCCCAUGCCGCGGCCGCCGCCCAAGGCCUACGCCAACCCCGCGAACGUGCUGGAUGGGGAGCGGGAGCAGCCGGCCGACUCCCACGGCGCCUCCUCGCGCAGCACCCAGCCCUACCAGAGCUCGCUGCCCUGCGACUCCGACCUGUAG